UUCAACAUUUUUCUUCAUCAGCAUUACAAAAUUAACCAAAGUUUUCUAGUACUACAAUGGCCUAUCACAUGAUGAGCUUCCGCAGUCACAUAUCUUUGUUAAUAAUUCUUUUUGGUUUUCUUGGAUUAAUUUCUUUUCCAGUUGAAGCAGCAAUAAAGAAAUACCAAUUUGAUAUUCAAAUGAAGAAUGUGAGUAGACUAUGCCAUGCAAAACCAAUUGUAACAGUAAAUGGGAGGUUCCCAGGGCCAACGAUUUAUGCUAGGGAAGGGGACAGAGUACAAAUCAAUGUGACCAACCAUGUAAAUUAUAACUUGUCAAUUCACUGGCAUGGACUUAAACAAUAUCGCAAUGGUUGGGCUGAUGGACCAGCUUAUAUAACUCAAUGUCCAAUCCAAACUGGUGGAAGCUACACAUAUGACUUCAAUGUGACAGGGCAAAGAGGAACUUUGUGGUGGCAUGCUCAUAUUCUUUGGUUGAGAGCUACUGUUUAUGGUGCAAUUGUUAUUAUGCCUAAACAAGGAACCCCUUUUCCUUUUCCACAGCCUGCUGGAGAAUUCGAAAUUUUGCUAGGAGAAUGGUGGCACAAAGAUGUGGAAGAGGUAGAAAAGCAAGGAAACCAAAUGGGGUUACCACCAAAUAUGUCUGAUGCACAUACAAUCAAUGGAAAACCUGGACCACUUUUUCCUUGUUCAGAAAAACAUACAUAUGCUAUGGAAGUUGAGAAAGGAAAGACUUAUCUACUUAGAAUCAUCAAUGCAGCACUAAAUGAUGAACUUUUCUUUGCAAUUUCUGGUCACAACAUGACAGUAGUUGAAGUUGAUGCUGUUUACACAAAACCAUUCACAACACAAUCCAUAUUAAUUGGUCCUGGUCAAACCACAAAUGUUUUGGUCAAAGCAAAUAAAAUUGCAAGUAGAUAUUUCAUAGCAACAAGGACUUUUAUGGAUGCACCACUUUCAGUUGAUAACAAAACAGCAACAGCUAUAUUCCAAUACAAAGGAGUUUCAAACACUAUAAUCCCUUCUUUUCCUUUACUUCCUUUUGCAAAUGACACAAAUUUUGCUUUAAACUAUAGCAAGAAAUUAAAAAGUUUGAACUCUGCUAAAUACCCUGUUAAUGUUCCUUUAAAGGUUGACAGAAACCUUUUUUUUACUAUUGGUUUAGGCAUGAAUUCUUGUCCAACAUGCAUCAAUGGAACACGUUUAGUUGCAUCACUUAACAAUGUUACUUUUGUGAUGCCAAAAACCGCACUUCUUCAAGCUCAUCACUUUAACAUAAAGGGUGUUUUUAGAACUGAUUUUCCUGAUAAGCCUUCAACUCCUUUUAACUAUACCGGUGCGCCGUUGACGGCGAAUCUUGGUACUUCAAUAACAGGCACAAGAGUUAGUAAGAUUGCGUUUAAUUCAACGGUUGAGAUUGUUUUGCAGGAUACUAAUCUUCUCACUGUUGAAUCACAUCCAUUCCAUCUUCAUGGUUAUAACUUUUUUGUUGUUGGAACUGGUAUUGGUAAUUUUGAUCCUGCUAAAGACCCUGCUAAAUAUAACUUGGUUGAUCCUAUGGAGAGGAACACUGUUGGUGUUCCCACCGGUGGUUGGACUGCUAUUCGCUUCAGGGCUGAUAAUCCAGGUAUAGUCUAUCGACCACAUUUUAAAAAUGUGAAAAUUAUCUGUGAAUUUUUUUAUCAGUUUGUGAUCUUAGCUAAGAUCGCAAACUACAAGACAUUUUAAAGAAUGUGUGUUGAA